AUGACUCGGUUGGCACGCGAUCCUGGGUUUGUCUCUCGAGUCAAUACCUGGAAUAUUGAUAUCGAUCGGUCCUUAAACCCGCUAAUUCCAGCACCUCGGUGGCAUCUAGUCCCCACACCUAUCGCGCAUUUCCUAGGGUACCGGGAUGGACCGGUCAGGCCACUGGGGAAUGUGGUUUGGGCAUUUUGGUCUAUGCUUGGUGUUUUCUGUGGAGUAGCCCUAGUGGCAUCAGUCUCUGAGCGAGUGCCAUCUUUUCAAAGUCGAGAUACUCCAGCUAUUAUCGGUAGUUUUGGUGCUGCAGCGGUGAUUCAGUUCUGUGCCAUCGAGUCACCUUUUGCUCAACCCCGUAAUGCAUUCAUUAGCCAGAUGUUUGCUUGUCUCAUCGGCGUGGGCAUCUCCAAGCUUUUUGCCCUGAAUGCAAAUGCUGAGUCUUACCUAUCGUUAGGAGGCGCUCUAGCAUGCGGAUUGACCACUGUAGCUAUGCUACUUACAAACACCAUACACCCACCGGCGGGAGCAACAGCAUUGUUAGCCGUCACGAAUUCAGAGACAUCACAGCUGGGUUGGUUUUUGUUCCCAGUCAUGAUCCUCGGUAUCACUUUGAUGCAAGUAGCGGCCUUGAUAAUCAACAACAUCCCAGCUCGAUAUCCAUUGUACUGGUGGACACCCCAGCCUCUCUUCCGGCCACGACAUGACGUUGAAGGAUAUCAAAAGAAAGGCUUUGAUGAACCAAGUCAGUGUGAGGAUGAAGAUAGUGUAGCUGAUAUGCCUCAACGAUUAGUGAUUCAAAAGGGGAAAGUUCAAGUUCCUGAUCGAGUUUUUGUAUCACCCGAGGAGAGAAGUAUGCUGGACAAGAUUAGUGAGCGAAUGUGA